AAUGUAGUUUCAGAACGUGCGCACUUGCUCAUCUUUCGCAGUUGUAUCGAUUCGAUUGAAUAAAUAAAAUAAAUUCUUCUAGAUCCCUGUCUUGAGAACAGUGCUGUAUUUAUAAAACAAUAUGAGCACUACAGGGGAGCAGCUGACCUUAGCUAGGGACAUAAAGAGAGCCAUUGAGCUGCUUGAGAAGUUACAACAAAGUGGUGAAGUGCCAGCUACAAAACUCGCUGCCUUACAGAAGGUGUUGCAAAGCGAUUUCCUGAAUGCUGUUCGAGAGGUGUACGAGCACGUCUACGAGACUGUAGAUAUCCAGGGCUCGGCUGAUAUUAGAGCUUCUGCUACUGCCAAGGCGACGGUGGCUGCGUUCGCAGCUGCAGAAGGUCAUGCUCAUCCCAGAGUUGUAGAACUUCCGAAAACCGAAGAGGGUCUAGGUUUCAACGUAAUGGGUGGUAAGGAGCAAAACUCCCCGAUUUACAUCUCCAGAAUCAUCCCUGGCGGUGUUGCUGAUCGUCAUGGUGGACUGAAAAGGGGAGACCAGCUGCUGUCUGUUAACGGCGUAUCCGUGGAAGGUGAGAACCACGAGAAAGCUGUAGAGCUGUUGAAGCAGGCUGUUGGCUCUGUAAAGUUGGUAGUCAGGUACACUCCCAAAGUUUUGGAGGAGAUGGAAAUGAGAUUUGACAAGCAGAGGACUGGCCGCAGACGAACCAACUACAAUUAAAAAUACUCAUGCUUGAUGUUCAAGCAGUUUUAUCUGUUUUAAGAGCACUGGAACAAUUUGUUUUGGUAAAAUGGAUCCUUAUUGACAAGUGUCUUAGCAUGUUAUUUAUGUAUUAAUGUUUGACUUGAUUUUCAUAUUGACAACUGCCAUGCAUAGUUUUACAAGCACUAUUUAUGCACUUUGGUUCAAUAUUGGAUGUUUGUCCUGUAAAUAUUUUUGAGUGAGAGACACUAAGAGCUUCCCCACAAUUAAUUAAAAUUGAUGCAUUCUUGUAUGAAUAGCCAGCAGUUGGUUAUCAAGCUGAAGUGUCAGGAAUAUAGUUUGACAAGAGUAUACUCAAGAAAGAAUGGUUGGUAAUAGUCACCCUAGUACAGUACAGAUGGACUGCAGUUUUUAUGGAAAUGGAAACCAAACAGUUUCCUAGUAUUGCAGUCUGUACUGCUAAGUGCAUUUUCACAUUAUCCACUCCAAUAUCCCAUACAUUGAAGGCACCAUCUUUGAUUUUUGCCUUUGAAAUCCUUCCGAAAUCCGAUAUUAGAUCGGAUAAUGUGAAAACGCACUAAAUCUGAUGGGAAAAAUGCAUAUGACAUUAUUGUAUAAUCAAUACUAGAUUCACAUAUUUCACCCUUUCAUUGUAAAGUCAAUACUGUUUACAUUCAUGUUUUAGGCGUCUUUGGUAUUUAAAGUAUAUAAUCAAUUGUUAUUGAGCAUGUUGAAAAGAUAAAAUGGAGAAGUAUUAUAUGCCUUAUUUAUAAGUUAUGAAUAGUUUUGUAUCAUUGAUGCCAAAUAUAUUUGACUCAAUUUACUAUAAAACUUGUUAGUUGUAUUAGAUUGGAUGCACAUAUUGUAUUAUGUUAGAUGUUUAGAAUAUUAUAAACAAGUUAUAAUUUAUCUACUCAAUUUAUAAGCCAUGUAUAUUGAUAUUAUGAAAAGGUACUUAAUUGGGUUUUAAUUAUAUGAGUUAUAACAAAUAAAAAAAGGAGAAUAAAGUAUU